CCCAGCGAAUGAUCAUUUGGCGCGAAAAUGAAUUGACACAUCACACACUUAGGUUUUGUCUGCAAUCUCAUCGGAAAAAAUGGCUCCGAAGCGACGGCGAACGGUGGAUAAUGAAAGCAAAGAAGCAGUACAAAAUCGGUCUUCGAUGGUUACAAGAAGUCGGAGUGCAAAAUAUGUGAAGAUAAGUGAUAAUAAUAAUUCGCCGGUGGUGGUUUUCGCUCACGGCGCCGGGGCUCCUUCAUCUUCUGAGUGGAUGAUUAGAUGGAAGAAUUUAUUGGCUGAUUCACUAAAUGCAGUUGAAGUUGUAACUUUUGACUACCCAUACAUUUCUCAAAGAAAACCUCCUCCCAAAGCCGAAAAACUAAUCGAGUUUCACUCGGAUAUCGUCAAAAUGACUGCUGCAAAGUACCCACACCAUCCUCUAAUUUUGGCUGGAAAGUCCAUGGGUUCAAGAGUAAGUUGUAUGGUAGCCGCUGAGAACGGUAUUCGGGCUUCUGCUGUAGUUUGCUUGGGGUACCCACUAAAGGGAUCAAAAGGAGCCAUUCGAGAUGAACCCCUUUUGCAGCUUACAGUUCCUACCAUGUUUGUACAGGGCACUAAAGACGGGUUGUGUUCACUGGAGUCACUAGAAGUGGUUAUGAAGAAAAUGAAAGCUGUAAGUAAACUGCAUGUCGUUGAAAACGGUGAUCACUCGAUGAAAAUCGCAAAGAAGAAUCUUGAGUUGGCGGGAAUCAGUCAAGAAGAAGCAGAGCAAUCUGCUGUUCAAGCAAUUGCAAUGUUUGUUUCGCAAACCAUAGGUGCAAUGUGAAUACUAUCCGUAAGUAACUUUGUAUGCGCGAUAAAUUGCGUAUUUUGAUAUAUAUAUUAUAUUACUGUAUAAGUUUUAUCUUAACUAGCAUUAGUGAAUCGGAUGUGUUAUGUAACAGAUCAAAACAUGUAAUUUUGUUCGGGUCGGGAUGGUUGACCAAAAGGGUACUUUGGGAAUUUUAAUUUAUUUUCGCUCACUAGUUUCUUUAUCUAAACCAAACUGUUGGUGCUUGAAUA